UAGUUUCAACAACGUACAUAAAUUUAGGUUUGUGUUUUGGUUUCUUCAAUUCGCAGCGCGUCGUUGAAUUCUCUUCUUCUUCUUUUUAGGCUUAUAGUUGAAUUUAUACUUCCUUUUUCACGUUUAUAUUCCUGGUGAAACAUUCCUAUCCUGAUAAGGUGAUAUCACAAUAAACACUAGAGGUUAUAAUAUUGUGCAAAUAGAGUAAAAAAUACUUUUUUUGUGUUGAUCCCUUUACACAUGGUGAUCUUCUAGCGUAGCGGUAAACGCAAAGGAUCAAUAAAAACACUUUUCUCUAUUUCCUUUAGUCAUUCUCUCGUUUGAUUAUAAUUAAGGAUGGAAGUAUACCAGAAGCAGUACAGACGACUAUUUGACCGCCUAGAUGAAAACGGAGAUGGGAAAAUAUCAGCAUCAGAGUUGCAACAAUGUGUACAUUUGAUCGGCAAAGAUAUGUCAUUUGACGAAGCAAAGGCUGCAGUUGCAGCCCAUGACUCGGACGAUGAUGGCUUAAUGGAUUUCGAUGAUUUUGUGAGAUUAGUGGAUGAUGGGACCGAAGAAGAGAAGGCGCGCGAGUUGAAGGAGGCAUUUCGGAUGUAUGAAAUGGAGGGAUGUGGAUGCAUUACUCCGGAGAGUUUACAGAGAAUGCUUGAUAAAUUAGGGGAGUCCAGAACUAUUGAUGAGUGCAGAGGAAUGAUUUCGAGAUAUGAUAUCAAUGGCGAUGGUUUACUGAAUUUUGAUGAGUUUGUGAUCAUGAUGAGUAGCUAGACAUGAGUUUUUUUUUAAAAAAAAAAAAAUUAAUCUGCCUUGUGGUGACGGGGGUUUUGGCUAGACACUAGUUAUAUGUCAAGUUGUACGCUUCCUUAACAAAUUAUAUUGGAAAAUGAAGGCACAAUCUU